AGACAAGGUCUACGCCAUCCAACGAGAGAGAAUCACCUAUGGUAACGCCAAACUGGAAAAGGCGAAUCUGGACCACUACCAUGGCAAAAACUCCAAAGUGUACUUGCUAGUUCGACGAGAACCGAGUCUGCCUCAGAAUAUCCGGAAACAAUUAGCUGUGGAUUUCAGCGGAAGUCGAGUCGCUUCCUUGCAUCAUGAUUGGCAACAAUCAGUUAAAGAGAGUGCUGCGGAAAGUACCAAAAAAUUUCACGCGUCUUCUUUCUCCUCUAAAAAGAUGAGUACGUCUUCAACGAACUCAAGAAAGGCGGAAGAAGAUGCUAAUACUAAGUCGGAAUUACAAGUUGGACAUGAGAAGACCAUUGAAGAAACGGCUCAGCGACAGGGAAAAAGUAUCAGCAUUAAAGUAGCAGAAAAUCAUCCCGUUACACCUGAAGAAAGUAGGAAAUCAAGGCACAACGAUGACGCGAAACACUCAAAAGACGAGGACAAAGCUAAGAAAAAGAGCCAUGUGGUCGAGCAGAGGGGAAAGCCGCUUGAGAAAAGUAUGAAGAGCCUGCGCUCCUCUUCAAUCGACAAGGCACAUGAACGACAAGGAGG